AUUACGGGUUGACAUACGACAACAAUAAAUAACUCGUUGUUGUGAUGUUGGCGCGAGCGAUUAAUGAAAACAAACAGGAAAGGACAUAUUUGUAUUAUUCUUUUUUCGCCGCGAUAACGGUCAUCCCACAUCGUGUACCAAAUGGACAACGGGAGAGGUCGAUGACGACGAGGAGAAGGAGUAACGGGUAGAAGUGGUGGAAACGGAGACAAAUUUGGCGACGGUAUAUAAAUGACGACGAUGGCGAUAGCAACAGUAAUAAUAUACGCGUUUCGUACACAUCGUGUUGGAUUUUCAUUUUUAUAGCGACAAACCGUCGACGCACCUACGCGCACGUACAAAUUACGGUAGAGCCGGACCAGAAAUCUCGAGCACGUCUUCUUGCCACGCGGCGCGCUCACCUAUACCGCCGUACACACCGUCUUCGUCGAUCCACACCGACCCAUCGAUCCUCGGGGUUCCGCCUGCUAAGCGCGAUAAGCAAUUGGCCGCGGUUGCAGGAUGACUUCGUCGAUUGCGGUGCAGGUUUCGGUCAUCGUGGUCUUGGUGUUAUUCCGACCGCGGUCCACGCUCGGCGGUCCGCACGGAAGUCUGCCGCCGCACGACUACUACGCCACUGAGGACGCCGUGUACAACGCCACUGAAGCUGACCGCAACGACCGAACGGACCAUGCCCGACACAGUUACGGUAAACAUCACCCGCACGUUUUCUAAUUUUUUUUUUCGUUCAACGUUGUUACCUGAAAUAUGGUUGUUACCAUAAAGAAACGCCGUGUCGAUUCAACUUCUGUCCAACGAAUCACGUUCUCACUCAUGACGUGACGACGUGUACAUAUUAUGAUAUAUUAUAUAUAUAUUAUAUUUAUAUAAAAGAGAUUUAUGUUAUAAAACGAGUAUACUAAAAACCGUUUGCCUUGUAGACCAUUAUCUAUGGCAUACACGAAGGUUUGUAUGAAAUUUGAAAAUUUUUUUAUAAAACACAUGUAUAUAUUUAAUAUAAUCACCUUCUUCUUACUUUCUUUUCUGAGGCGAAUUGAAUCGAUGCGACGUGUGCUUUAUAUAAUACGAUUGCGUAGUACCUAUUUGUAUUUAAACAGAAAAAAAAAAUUAUUCACGUGCUGUUUUUGAAUGUUGUUAUUUUUACCAAAGAUUUGGCAUCUACAAACCCCUAAGUAGAUGUAUCGUCUUUGGUAAAAUCAACUCUCUUAGACUACGCGUGUAUCUCUAUUAUGAUAUAAUAAUCUAUUUAUUUUUUUGAGUACACCGUACACCUACUUAAUUUUUAUUAACUAAGAUAUUAUACUGAUGUUUUUAUGAUAAAUGAUUAUAUAUUUAAUCAUUUUAUAUAUUAUAAUGUAUAAAUAAUUUUCAGUAUUAGCUAUUAACAAUAUAUGUUGAUAUGUGAAACAAGAUCUAUACUUACUGCUCAAUGGUUUAAACUUACGAUGAAGGAUAUUAUAUACCGACAACAAACCGAAAUGGAAUAUAAAAUUAACUUUGGAUAUCGAAUAAUUCAUCCCGUUAAAUCGAAUACUUCUAUUAAAAAUAAAAAAAAAUUUCUAAUCUAGUUAUUUUAUUAGGUCUAUUUUUUUAAUUAUAUAUACCUAUACUGGGUUAAGGUCUUGACAGCUGUUCAAUUUUUCAUCAUUGUUUUAAUGACAAGCACGCACUAGCUAUAGAGAUAUUAAUAUUUUAUUCCUUAUUCCUUGAAUUUGACGUUUUAAUUAUUAUUUUAUGAAAUAAUUAUACAAUACAACAUUUUUUUUCGUACACGAUGUAAUAAAAUAAAUUUUUUUAUACCUACCCCAAUCUACGGAUAGCUUGUGUUAGAUAUUUCAAAAUAUAUGGUUUAGUAUCGGCAUAUAUACUGAACAAUCAACAAGGUACCAAUAUUAGUUACUCAAAAUAACUAACGACUACUUUUUAUCAAGUUCAAUGAUCAAAAAUAUUUGUUGAAAAUUUCAUUACAUUAAAAUUUACAAACAUAAAAUAUAAUAUUAUACCUACUCUAACAAAUCAUUUUGUAAAUAAGGUACCUAAUCACUGCAUGCAGUAACGGAGCAAGACAAACUAAUUGAGUAUACUACAUAGUGUCGUACGUCAUUUUUCGAUCUCAUAUUUUAAAAUCAGCGCACUAUUGUGUGUCAACUGAUAAUACGAGUUAAUCAUAAUAGUGAAAAAAUUAAAAUAUCUAAAACAAGAAGUGGCGGCUUGUAUUAUCAGUUGUAGGUACCUAUUUUGUUAUUUUGUGGGGUAUUUCAAAAUACGUAUAGGUUAUUUAUAACAUAAAAUAUAUUUUAAAUAAUUUUAUUCAUUUAUCUUAUAAAUUUGCAUAAAUUAAUAUUAACUACAGAAUAUUUAAUUUAAUUUUUUAGAUCAAACCUGUAAGAAAUGACAUUUGAUAUAAGCUUAUUGGAGCCAAACGAUGUUUCCAUAAACUUGAAAUUAUUCAAAUUAUUAUAUAUUUUUCCUCUAUUUGAUCCAAAAAGCAAAACAAUUUGCAAUUUCAAUGUGUACCAUCUAGCUUGGUACAUCAUAAAUUGCGUUAUUGGUUGUAUAGUAGUUUACGGAUUUUUUGGUUAUUUUACUGAAAUGGAAGAUGAAAUCGACAUCGUUGAUCAAAUACAGUUAAUAUAUAUGUACCUUCUUUAUUCUGUAGGGUUACUUAAAAUAGCUACAUUUUUAUAUAAAGCAAACAAAAUUUGGGAUUUACUCCGUGUUACUAAUAUACAUUUUCUUACGAGUACACAGUGUCAAACACAUAUUGGAAUUCUCCUUAAAUAUCGCAAAAAGUCAAUAAAAAUUUCAAACACCAUAAUUUGCAUUGGAAUUGUAAAUACCAUCCAAUGGACCCUGUAUCCUCAAGUUCUGCUGCUGUUGCAAAAAUUUAACGCAUACCAAUCGAAUCGACGCUUCGAGAAUAUUAUGAACUUUCGGUUCCCGGUGACUAUAAACGACUAUAAUAAUAAUUAUGUUAAAUUUUAUAUGAUGGAGUCGUCUACUGCAGUGUUUCUGUUUUACAUUAACGUAGUAAUUGAUAUCUUUUUUAUUUCUAUCUGCUUUGUUAUAAUCGCUCAAUACGAAAUGAUCAAAAGAGCUUACGAAAGUGUCAACAGUGAACUGAAUUCCGAAAAUAAUAAUGAAAAAAAAAAUGAAUUUAAUGUGAACAACUUUGAAGAUUUGGUAUCAAUUAUGAAGGACCAACAAAAACUUUUUGCGAAGUUAAAAUUAUUUUAUACUACGUAUAAAUUUAUUAUUUUAUCAACUGUUAUAAUAAAUUCGGGGUCCAUGGUGAUUUUAACAUUUGCAUCAGUUGUGGUUUUCACGUCAUCAGAAUCUAUGCCAAUUUUUGGUGUAAUCAAGUUGAUAUCAGCGUUUGGAUACAUGUUAAUUGUUUUAUUUUUCAUUUGCUAUUUAUUAGAACGCAUUAAUAAUAAAAUGAAAUCCGUUCAUUUUGGAAUGUAUAAUAGUGGUAAUUGGACUUCGAUGAAUUUAAGAUCAAAAAAAAUGUUGUUGUUAUCAAUGCAGUUGAAUAAUGCUAAUGAAUUUAUGAUUAAACUAACACCGAGAAAAAUUGUUAACCUACAAUUAUUUAAUAGUGUAAUAGUGACAUGCUAUAACGUUCUAUCAGCUAUGUUGAAUACACGAUCUAAAUAAAAAGAAGACAAAUAAUAACAUCAAUAAAAUUUCAAACAUAAUGUUGACUUCUUAAUUAUUAUAAUUAUUAAUGAUAUAUCUAUAUUCUAUGCUAGUUAUAUAGUUGUAUUCUAAACGUAAUUCUUUCUCAUUUAUAAAUUAUAUAAAAUAAGUUAUGAGUUAUCACUAGUCAACAAUCACCUAAAUCAUUUUCUAAAAUACUUUGUUCUUUAUUCUAUAAUUUCACUUAAAUAAUUUUUUUGUAAUUUUUAUUGUUAAUAAUAAUUAUAGACAUUAUACGUGUAUUAAUUUAAUAGAUAGUGAAUAAAUAAUUAGAUUUUAUUACAACUACGAUCGAUGACGGUACGUAUUAUAACUGUAUAGUCUAUAACAUAUUAUAAAUAGUAUACCUACUGUUAUUUCGCAUUCGUCAUUUAUAAUACUUUUGUUGUGACGAACUACGAAAAUAAUCUUGAUACAGCCUACAAAGAGCUACACGGGAACUAUAGGCAACUCGCAUAAUUUACUAUGAGGCCCUCAUAGUGUCAAUGACGAAUACAAGCUUUACAAAGUUGCUCAAUUUACUGCUAUUAUUUGUUCAACAUAAUAUAUCGCUUCGAUAAUAACCAGAUAUUUACUAUUUGAAUUACUUACAUAAAAUAAAUAAUUUUAAGUAAUACUAAACUUAUUACGACAUUGUUUAUACCUACCAAGUAUAUAUAAUUUUGUGUCUUAUAUAAAUAUACAAAUUGGCUUUUAUUAAUUUAUACAUUAAAAUUAAAAUUUCUAACGAGACCUUAAAGUUUGUAAAAUUAUAUAAAAAAUAAAGUAAGUUCAUUAAAAAAUAAAAUAAAUAUAUAUAGGGCCCUUCAAAAUGCUGUACCUGGCUGCAAAAUCCAUCAUGGCAGCUGGCACUGCCAACUUAAACUAUGAUUAAAAUAUUUAAAAAAAAAGUUAGAAGUUAUAACUAAUUAGUAAUCAGUAAUCACCAAAAUAAUUUUUCAAAAUUUUCUAUUCUAUAUUAUAUAAAUUCACAUGACGUAUGUAUUAUGUAUUACUUUGUAAUUCGUAUUAUGAUUAAUAAUAUUAGACAUAGGGUGUAUUAAUUAAAUUGGUUGUAAAUAAUUAGAUUUUACUUUAAUUACAGGAAAAUUUUCUGUUUUGUAUUUUUCACUACCUUUAAGAUCAAUAAAAAUACUUCAAUCUUCUUUUCAUUAUAAUAUUAUCACAUAAUAAUUAAUAACACAAAUUUGAAUAAAUUAAAAAUAGUUAAUUCUUAAUUACAGGUAAUUAAGUGAAACUAAAUAAUUACUACUAGAUACUACUAGAUAUAAAAUUAUAUUUAUAAACUUUCCUAGACAUCGUAAAACCUAAUAAAAUGUAAGAUUAUCGAUUUGUACAUAUGUUGUAAUAGUUGUACGCUGGAAAGUAAUUUUAUUUGGGAACCAAUUCGUACACUUUAUUUGAUCCGGGAACCAAUCCCGCAUUACCCGAUUUAUCUUAUGUGGUACCUAUAAGUAAUAUGCUUUAAAUCAUACUAUGACUUAUGUAUUUAGUGUUUAUGUGUUUUAACUUACUAUAAUAAAUACUACCCUUUCAACAUGACACUUUCAAGGUUUCAACGGAAGGGUGCAAUAAGGGUGUUCAAAAACAAAACAUACAUAAUAUAAUACUAUUGUCAUAGAUGCUAUUGCUAUUCGCGGUUUACACGUACGGAAAUACAUCAGAAAUAUCUACCCCAUUUGGGGGGUGGUAUGUGAGAUGUAUACGCGUGUAGUUAUUUUAAUGUGCAAAUAAAAUCCUCGUCGUCAUCUACUCUACUGCAUUCGCAUUAAGUUUUCAACCCUCAAAAAUAUAUUUUCGGAGAGUUUAAUGCUUAUAUAUUUUCAAGUGAAUUUUAUGCCCACGGUAAAUAAAACUUGACGUCAGAUAUAUACUAUAGACUUAAUUCUAAACAACUAAAAUAUACCUCGGUAAUUUAAAAAAUGCUAUAAAAUAUAAAUUUAACUAUUAGGAUUGCUUUAAAAGCUUGCUGUUUUAUAAAUGGAAGACAAGGUGUUUCGAAUAAAUUUCUGUUAUACAAAGUGAGAACUGAGAAGGCUUAUAAAGUUAUAAAUAAGGUGCAACCUUACUGAGCGCAUGGAUCAGACUUGAGGUGCAGGCGGUUUCCCUAUCAUUUUAUGAAUUUAUUCAUUUCGACAUUAAGUCUUGGUGAUGUUUCAAACAAAGCUAUCAUACAACAUGUACACUAUGGCUGUUCAGCAUGACUCCGAUCAGAACGAUAAGGAAAUGGAUGAAAAGGUUUCAAUCGACAAUCAUAUCAUCAAAUUAAGUCUUGUUUAGCAGUACUACUAUGUCAAACGUCAGUUAUUUAAAAAGUUAGAAAUGAAAAAAUAUAAUUUUUUUAAUCUAGUUUUAAUUUUUCAGAAAUUGUAUUUGAUUAGAAUGUUUCCUUUAUUCUCAUUGAUAAUUUUAUCUCAGACUUAAUUGAAAACAUCAAUAAAUUAAGUAUAUUUACCUUGAUCCUUUAGAAACUUUUAAUUAUCAAUGAAU